AUGCGUGCCGGUGUCAAAUGCCCAGGCUAUGACCAGCAACUCAAGUGGUCCAACAAGUAUGAGGUUUUUCUUCCAAAUGGGGCUGAGAAAGCCGUACGCAAAACUGCUGGUGCCCCCAACGCAAAGAAGAACGACGCCGAAGUCCCCGCCAUGCACGUGUCAGAUGCUUCAAACAAGAGCAAGAGCCCGGUAACCCCAACGAAUGACCAAGAACACGAUGAGGUUGCCCAGGGGAACCCUUUUGUGGACGAUCUGUCAGCCCAAACCACAUCGCCAAGUCACUCGCUUCUUAACGUACCAGAGCUUGAAGAGUGCUCCAAAGUCCCAGAACUAGCCGAAUAUCUUGACUUUUUAGAUCCAGUGCCAACACUAGAUUACCUCGACACCUUUGAUUUCUCAAGGUUCGGUGAAGACUCAAUAGAUCCGCUAGAACGGCAUAGCCCUGGUGAUGCACCCUCCCUCAGCCAAAUGGACAGAUCCCAGGGCCAUUGGCUCCGGAGAGGAUCAACGUCGUUCUCAACCUCAGCAAGCGUCUCAUCCAACUCCAUAUCUGUACCGUCGUUGAACCGAGCUGACGGCGCAACCGACCGGUCUGGCUUUAUUAAUGGUCGCCUUACGAGCAUCGCGCCGUCCAAAUCGCUCAACACCCCUGCACUGGUUCUUGUUGAGUUUUACUUCAAGGAAACUGCACAGAUCUUCUCCUGCUACGAUAGCAAGAUGAAUCCGUUUAGGACAACUGUCUCGCGUUUAUGGGACUCUUCUCCGCUCCUCUACUCGACGCUCCAAAGUAUGGCCGCCGCGAGCCUUGUUCAGGACUUUCCACAGCUUGGAGCCUUGGGGAGGAAGUUGAGAAAGGAUGCGGUCGAGCUGCUUGACCAAUGCCCUUCGCACAACUUGGAUUCCCUAUUGGCCAUGCUCAUGCUAGGCGGUUCAGCCAGCUGGCAUGAUCCGCGGGACCUGGGACUGUCCUUCUUCAACCGAAUUCGCAAAUGCUUAUCCACCAUGCCGGCAAGCGCUUUUACGCAGGCCGAUGUUGAUUAUCACUUCUUCCACCAGUCUAUGACGUAUUGGGAAAUGCUUCUUUCCUAUGUAGCAGAAGAUGACACUCUCGACAUGUGUGAGAGGCCCGUCAUGUCUACCGGUACCACUCCUCUUCAUUUCGUGCCGCAUCCAUGGACAGGAUUCGCACGAGACACACAGAAUGCCGUUCAACAGGUUGGAAGAUUGAUACGGAAACAGAGAAAGAUGGCGUUUUCGCAUCGUUUUGCAUCUCUUGCACAUAUCAGGCAACUAGAGAAAGAUAUGGCUACAGCGAGCGAAUUAGAACAGUAUCUUGUCAACCUCUCCUACCCUCUCGAACACACUGUUGUCGACCCAGAGGAUAGCAACACGCCGGUAUGGCAUCUGCUAACUCUAGCGGAAGUAUACCGAUGUUCCGGGCUGAUGCAGCUCUACCACAUCUUCCCCGAUUUAUUGGAUCGCCGACUCUCCAAAGACGGCCUCUUGGAUCUCGAAGCUCACCACGAUGGUGUUCCUGGUGGAAUUGAACAUAGAAUGAAGUUGCGCAAUUCAUGGUUGACGUCGUCGGCGGUACAAGUGUUAAGCAUGAUGAAGUCAAUCCCUGUCGAAUCUGGAACCCGGGACUUUCAACCCUUCAUCCUGGUAUCGCUUUCGAGUGAACUGAGAACCCCAGCCAGGGUCCAAUCCACCGGCAGCUCUACCUCCGAGGCAGCGCCGGUAGAUCAGCUUGAUGGUGUAAACUCUCACGCCAUUGAAAUAUCACGGAUGCGGCACUUUGUGAAAAACCGCCUUAACUCGUUUCUUUACAUUCUGCCACCAAAGCCUAUUCAUGUAUGUCUUGAUAUCAUAACUGAGACCUGGAAGAGAAUGGAUGCGUGUGCUUCUCUGGCAGUGGAUGUUCGUGUUGAUGAGGAGGGUCUCUAUGACCACCCAACGGAUGUGUAUUGGAUGGAUGUGAUGAUUGAAAACGGCUGGGAAACGACAAUGGCGUAA